GCCGCAGCAGGAGCAGCCGCCGCCGCCGCCUCCCGCCGCCAUCCCGCCCGCCCGCGCUCCCUCUCCCCCCCCACCUCCCUCCCCUCCUCCCCGCCCUCCCUCCUCCCGCUCCGCCCGGAGCGCCCUUCUCCCGCCGCCGUUACCGGCGCCGCUCCAGCUCUGCUCACUCAGCGACCAAAGAUCUGACCACUGACAAAGCCUGACUCAACCCAACGCAGCUCAAGAUGGACACCGGUGUCAUUGAAGGUGGUUUAAAUGUCACGCUCACCAUCCGACUACUUAUGCAUGGAAAGGAGGUGGGAAGCAUCAUUGGGAAGAAAGGGGAGUCGGUGAAGAAGAUGCGUGAGGAGAGCGGUGCUCGCAUUAACAUCUCAGAAGGGAACUGCCCCGAACGGAUCAUCACCCUCGCUGGACCCACCAAUGCCAUCUUCAAAGCUUUUGCGAUGAUCAUUGACAAACUGGAAGAGGUGCGUCUGCGACCUCGAGCCCCCCUCACCCCCCGCCCGCACUGUGGGCGUUACGGCCUGCUCAAGGCCGUGGUGUUGAGGAGUUUUUCCAUCCUGCUCCGCAUCAGCACGGGGGCACAGGUCCAGGUGGCAGGAGACAUGCUGCCCAACUCGACUGAGCGAGCCAUCACCAUCGCUGGGAUCCCACAGUCCAUCAUCGAGUGCGUCAAACAGAUCUGCGUUGUCAUGCUUGAGUCUCCCCCGAAGGGCGUCACCAUCCCGUACCGACCCAAGCCAUCCAGCUCUCCCGUCAUCUUUGCAGGCGGUCAGGACAGGUACAGCAGCGGCAGUGCGAGCUACCCCCACACCGCCCCAUCCAUGUGCCUCAACUCUGACUUGGAGGGACCACCUCAGGAGGCCACCCGGCAGCCACUGCAUGGCAACGAACUUGGGCCAAUUCCAGCCUGGGCUGCAGUUCUUCCGGCCUAUACCAUUCAAGGACAGUAUGCCAUUCCACAGCCAGAUCUGACCAAGCUGCACCAGUUGGCAAUGCAACAGUCACACUUUCCAAUGUCUCAUGGCAACACUGGAUUCAGUGGCAUUGAAUCCAGCUCUCCAGAGGUGAAAGGCUAUUGGGGUUUGGAUGCCUCCGCUCAAACCACCUCUCACGAACUCACCAUUCCAAAUGAUUUGAUUGGCUGCAUCAUCGGGCGUCAGGGCGCCAAAAUCAAUGAGAUCCGCCAGAUGUCUGGGGCGCAGAUCAAAAUUGCCAACCCGGUGGAAGGAUCUACUGACAGGCAGGUUACCAUAACUGGAUCUGCAGCGAGCAUUAGCUUGGCCCAGUAUCUAAUUAAUGUCAGUUUAGAAAGCGCUAAACCCUCCUCCCAGGCAGCCUCCGUCACGAUCCCUGACCACCUCAGCAUCAACCUCUCUCAACCCUCCACCCCUUCUUCUUCUUCCUCCUCCACCACCACCCCCUCGCUCGCCACCGCGGGGGGCUCCGACGCACCCGCCGGCCUCCCCAACCCUCUUCCGACCGCCCCUUGUGUCUCCAGUCUGCUUGGCAUGAAACCUGUCCCUCUCCUGGCUCUAAAUGUUGUGUCUGCUGCUAAGGGUGCCUCCGCUCCAGCUGUGCCCUGUGUCACUAACAAACUGAAAGCGGAAAAACAGAGAUUUGCUCCUUAUUGAGUCUGCUUGUGGCCUUAGAGGACCAGCAGAUGGGUGGCAGCAUGGAGACCCCGUAGAGGAGACUUGGAAGAGCGAUUUUUCUCUCUUUUUUUUUUUUUCUUUCUCCUUUUCCUCUCUUUUUCCAUUGUUUAUAUAUCGUUUUCUUAUUUUUUUUUUCCUCCUCUUCCUUUUUUUAAUUUUUUUUUUUCCUUUUACUCCACAUAGUGCCAUG